UUAUUCUCGACAAAGCCAUGUACCGGGAAAACACAUUGGUUGAAGUCUACGCCGUGGUGUCUCCCAACACCAACAAAACUGCUGCCUGAAACAGACAGACCCACUCACCCCUAAUCGGUGAGCCCACCGCGAGGUCAGCAUGCGCGGUAUGUGCAACGAAGGCCAUCCAAGCCACAAUGCUGCGAUGUGGACUGUACAAGCGGUAAGCAGUGAUCCGUAUAUAUAAAGACCAAGACCAGUCUACAUCCGUCGAGCUCUUUCCCACCACAUAAUCCCAAUCCAUAGCAAGAAAAAAAAAGAUCGAAAGGAAAAUGUCCUUCCACCUCUCCAGUCACGACAUCCACAUCCGCGAGGAAAACGGGUCAACCAUGCUCCUUGCCCAAGUCCGCGACCACACGGGCAGGCUCUGCUCUCGGAAGAUCCGGCUAGACGACCACAUUGGCAAUUCAGAUGGAUACUUCGUCUGGGAUGGAGCCAACUUCACCCGUUCAGCGAGGAACAUCGGGCUGGAGGCAUCAGAUAAGGGCCCGAAGCUGACGGCUGAUCUGGAGAUGCACGGGGGUGGGACGAGGGGUCGUCAGGGCCUGUUUUUGGCGGAUAAGAUUGCGAAUGUGGAUGGACAUUUGAGGUUCUUGGGAGCUUGAGUGGGAUAUUAGGAAGUGGAGCGUCGGAAGAAGUAGUACUGGAGGAUGUGUAUAAUUGUUGUUUGAACGAGAUACAUUGUUUAUAUUAUCUUUUGCAGCCAGUCCUUAUCCGACUUUAUAGUAUCUCGGAGGGGCCAAUGAUGUAAAAAGAGUAGUGGAACCAGUAGCGAUCGCUGAGAUGAAAGAAGAGUGAAACUGGCGAGGCUGAUAGAGUCUAUAGAAAAGGAAAUGGAAGGUGGUAAGAAGGGCAAUUCUGAACUAGCAGCUUUGCGAUCAGGUGA